GAAAAAUCAAAAUGGUGGCUUUGUGUGCGCAGGCACACGUCACCAUUGGUUGAUAUCUUCGCAUAAAAAUGUAGAUUUAUUGCACUGAUAUACGAAAGAGUAAUUGACCCGUGUGAAACGCUAUCAAAUACUUGUGCGAUGAUAAAAAUUAUUUAUCAUAUCGUCUAUUUCAUAUUCUAACCUAGGCAUAUCGACACGGAGUGAAAGUGUCAGAAUAGAGCUACAUUGAGAAUUAUGUAUAAAUACGAAAUUUAUCGCAUUAUUCACACGAAUGUGUAGUAUAAUACAUCUAUAAGAGGAAGAAAUGGGAUCAAACGAGGAGAAUAGACUUCCAAACGGUGAUAUCCGGGUACAUAGAGAUGUUGACUGGUCCAGAUAUGGUUUACAUGAUCCAGAAGCACAAAGGAAUGUAAGGAGAGAUAAUGAAGGUUACAAUGCACUUGGUCCUGAAAUGUAUCAAGCUGGUGCAAAUGAGUUGUUUGCACAAGAAUAUAGUUCAGAUCCUUGGUGGAAAUCAAACUUUUUUAUUUCCCAACCUGUACUGUUUGGUACCUGGGAUGGAGUUUUUACAUCUUGUCUCAUCAAUAUAUUUGGAGUGAUUGUAUUUUUGAGAUCUGGAUGGAUAGUUGGCCAAGCAGGUGUUUUAAAUGCAGUAUUAAUAAUUUUAUGUACAGUAUGUAUUGCAUUGGUGACAGUAUUGUCAGCUGUAGGAAUAUGUGAACGAUGUAGAGUUGAAAGUGGUGGAGUUUACUUCCUAUUGUCACAUGUAUUAGGUUCCAGAUUUGGUGGUUCUAUUGGAUUGCUUUAUUGUUUUGGACAGGCCGUGGGUUGUGCUCUAAACGUUUUAGGUUUUGGAGAAUCAAUGGCUGAUCUUGUAGGUUUGGAAUCUACUUGGGCCCAACGUGGUUUUGCUUGUGCAGCAGUUAUAUUAUUGUCUGUAAUUAACGUAGCUGGUGUUAAGUGGGUCAUAAAAUUACAAUUUAUUCUCCUUUUGCUCUUGCUUCUCGCUGGAGUUGAUUUCUUUGUUGGAAGUUUCACCCAUACCAAUAUUGAUGCUGGUUUUGAAGGAUGGUUGUCAGGAAACCUGAAAAACAACACCUUCCCUGAUUAUCAGGACGGAUACAGUUGGUUUACCGUGUUCGGUGUAUUCUUUCCGACAGUCACUGGUGUUUUAGCUGGAAUUAACAUGAGUGGAGAUUUGAAACAUCCAUCAAGUGAUAUCCCCAAUGGUACUUUGGCAGCGUUAGGAACUGGAACAUUUUUAUACCUGUGUUUCUCACUUACUUUGGCGGCCACUUGUAUCAGAAGUGCUUUGCUCACAAACUUUAUGAUAGCAUCGACAGUGUCAGCAAUCUCGGUACUGCUGCUAGCUGGUCUCUAUGUAUCGUCGUUCAGCAGCUGUUUGGGAGCUAUGUAUGGCACACCUCGUGUCCUCCAAUCUAUCGCCAGUCAAAACGUUAUACCAGGAAUGAGUUGCCUGCAAAGAGGGAGAGGGCCAAACAAAGUACCUAUUUAUGCUAUGUUAGUCGUCGCUGUAGUGACGUUGACCUUCAUCAUCACUGGGCAGAUUAACACACUCGCACCGAUCGUGACGAUGCCUUUUCUGUUAACGUACGCGUGCCUGGACUAUGCAUACUUCGCCCUCGCGCAAACGUUCGAUAUCCGUCAUACGCGUGAGCAAAGAUUUCGCACUCAAUCGCCAACAUUCGACCGCAACUAUGGUUCUGCCAGCAGGAACAAUUCCAUUACCGAUACGGACAACGAUUUGGACAGUUUGUUUCCGGAAAGAAUAAGGCAUAAGAACCUCACGAGAAAUAACAGUGUCUCUGACAAUAAUGUCUAUGUGGACUCGUCGCCAAGCAUCGAGGAUAACGUUAGCGUGGCUAGUGUGGAACGCAAAGUUCACAUACACAAUAAAUUGGGGAACUGGUACAGUCCGUUGUGCAAUAGAUGGUUUUCGUUGUUGGGUUGCCUCGUGAAGCUGCUUAUAAUGUUUCUCGUGCAUUGGGGAUAUGCUAUUGCGAAUAUCGUCGUUGUGUUUAUUGUCUGGAGUUACGUCGGUCACGCUAAUCCCGCCGUCAAACCAGGCGUCUCAGCAGAAUUCCAGUUCUUCAAAUGGCUUCGAACCGCGCUACUUCGUCUUAUGGGGAGAAAAGUUUACGAUUACGAGCAGAUCGUUGUAACACCGGUACAUCCGGGCGUCGAAACGUGUUCGGCUCAGUUGAAUGAAGAGAAUGAGGAUUUUUCGGGAAGAAGAAGAUAUCAUCAAACCGCCACAGUCACGGGUCAAUAUGUUAAUAUUGAUUAGACGUUUCAGAACUAUGCGAUUUACACAUUA